UUGCGAUUUUAUCAGAGCAUUACGGUGUUUAUGCAACUUCCAGGGCGGAACUUUACGUAACUGUACUGCGCUGCACGCAUAUGCCGGUUGAAAAUGGAUCAAAUAUUACGUUUAAACAGUUGUUAAUAGUAGCGUAAUAACAUGGCUGUCUGUGCUUUUGCUUUGAAGCUUUUACCCUUGGUAAGAGGAGGGUUUAGCAGACGAGCUUCUUGUCCCGCACGCUCAGCUGUCCGUGCGUUUAUGUGCACUGCAACUCGUUGUCAACUAGACAGAGCGGAGAGGACAAGUGCUUUGACAGGAAAAGUGGACCGAUUCGGUGGAGUGACAGUGAACCUGGCUGAGUCCGGUUUACCGGCGGACAUCAGCGAAAGCUCAUUCAGCAGUUUACUGCAAGAUUCUUUGCUCCAGUGGAAAGCAGAGGGGAAAGUUGCAGUGUGGCUUCGAGUACCCAUCCAGCUGAGUCGAUGCGCUGCCGCUGCCUCUGCUCACGGCUUCACCUUCCAUCAUGCCAAAGAUGACCACGCUGUGUUGGCCCUCUGGUUGGGAGAAGGGCAAAGCAGGCUGCCAGGGUUUGCAACUCACCAAAUUGGAGUGGCAGGUGCAGUUGUUGAUGAAUCCAAUGGAAAAGUUCUUGUUGUCCAAGACAGAAACAAGACAAAAAAUGAUUGGAAGUUCCCCGGUGGCUUGUCUGAUCCAGGAGAAAAUAUCGGUGCCACUGCCGUUCGUGAAGUCUAUGAGGAAACUGGUGUUCGCUCUGAGUUUAGAUCUCUGCUCAGCAUCCGGCAGCAGCACAACCACCCUGGCGCCUUCGGCAUGUCGGACAUGUACAUCAUCUGCCGACUCAGCCCGCUCACCCACGACAUCAACUUCUGCACUCAGGAGUGUCUGCGCUGCGAAUGGCUGGACCUCGCCGAGCUGGCCAAGACCAACGACACCACGCCCAUCACCUCGCGCGUAGCCAGGCUCCUCCUUCACGGCCUGGAGCAUGGCUUCCGCAAGAUUGACCUCACAAUGGAGGAGCUUCCUGCUGUCUACUCUGGGAUGUUUUACCAGCUGUACCACAGGCAGCUUUCUCCGACACUAAAAUCCUAGCAAGCCAUCAUCAACCUGAUGGGGUUAGCAUAUCAUGGCUUGCUGUGUUGAUACAUGGUCAGUUUUUCUCAUAUUUGAAGUGUAUUUAUGACUUGAAUUAUGUUUGCAGUGUGUUUCACACACUAACUGUUACUGUUAAAGAAAUGUGGUGCAAUAGGCUGUGAACCUCAAGAACAUUCACUUUGUGGUUUUUAAAGAAUUAUGCCACUGUGGUACGUGCGAGACUUCAGAGUUUUAUACAGUUUAGUUAACACAUUUUUAACAGCCAUGUUGGAAGUCCACCGCGGUUGGGCUAUGGCUGCAAGCAGCUGAUUUAAUUUUUGAAGUUACUGUAUUCUACUGUAUUUUUGGUGUGACUGUGACUAGGUCAUUUUGUGACCUGUAUUGAGAUUUCAGAUUUUCAAUAGGCUAACUACCAGUGUCAGCAGACCAUAUACUGUACUGGCAGAAGCUAACGUUAGUGGCUAGUAGUUGCUAUAUUAAAAUUGGCUGCCUUGUUAAAUUAGCCUACUGACUGGUCAUAAAAGUCAAAAUUAUCAUUUUCUUCAAGUUAACUGCCUGUCUGCAAUCAUUUUGUAUUUAUAAGCUAUAUAACUUCCAGUGCCAUGCAACAUUUGGACUUUUUUUGCAAAAGGGGAACAUAGUUUUAUCAGAAAAUGAAGCUGAAACUCAGGAAGCCUGUUUGUUCUAUUAAGUGUGCCACUAUGCUGGGUAGUGUGAAAAAUUUGGAAAAUACUAGAAGCUUGGGUUUUGAUUUUAGUGUGAUUUUUAGUUAUUUAGUUCAAUCCCAUCUCUUCAAUUUACAAUAAUUUGAUUUUAGUGAAUUUGUUUAAAACAUGUAUCCUAGAUAAAAAAGGGUAAACAGAAUAUUCUUCUAUAUGCUCUUGUAGCUAAACUCAGACUUACACACUCUGAAGCUAAACAGUAGGAAGCAGACUUGUGAUCAAAAGGUUGCCACUUUGAAUCCUCUCAGCCAGAGAGGGAAGAUCUGUAUAGGUACAAUGAACAAAUAAUGCUGUACUAUAAGGGUACACUUGAGCAAGGCACCUGACUCCACUUGCACUAGGGUAGCAGUUGGUUGGUCCACAGUAAAAGCCUGGUUUUACUGCGAAGUAGCCAGGUAUGAAUGUGUGCCACUGUUUUAAAGUGAAGCUGAAUAAGAGUAGACAUGUUCAGGAUAAAAAUAACUCUUAAGGAUAUAAAAGUCAGAAAGCAUCACAGCUAUUUUGGGCAACGUUGAUGGAACACUUUGUCUUCAUUGCCGUCACAUCUUCUUCUUUGUUGCUGCCAUUAAGACGUUAAUUUUUCUCAACCAGAUCCCAGAUCAGCACUUGGCAGACAUUGGAAGAAAAAGAAUGGCCUUUUGACCCGGUCCAGUUUUGCUUCCAGACUUGUACUGGCCAGUCCGCUUCAGUGCCACGUACAUGUUUGGGUACUUCCUGGAGCGGUAGGUGUUGUAGUUGUUGCUCUCAAGCCUCUCUAAGAAGUGGCAUUCAUCUGUUGCUCGUCUCUAGAGAGAAAGACACAGAGGAAUAACAGAUAUGUUUAAUUUGAUGUUUAAAGGAGAUUUAAACAGGAGAGAUGGCUACUGGGAGGAUUAAAUCUGCAACCUUUUGCUCACAGGACAAAGAACUGCUGGCACACACUGCCAUCCCAUUUAGCUUUCAAACUGAAGAAAUGUAAGAAAACCGUGAAACUAGACUGUAAUGUGGUGUAGGAUAUCCUGUAUGGUAGUGCUCUCAUCCUCAUUUACUGUAUUUCAACACAUGGAAACUGAAGUUAGGUCAUUCAGUUUGUACGUUUAAUAUAAAAGUCUCUGUGUUUCUUUCCAAAAUUCUAAUAAUCAUUUAUGUAUAAAGUCAACCUGAGGGACAUGUAGUUACUUACGUAGUGGAAUCUCAUCAAAUAUUUGAUUAAUAUAUGUUGUUGAAAAUGGAGACUAUGUGUAAUGCUGACAUUUUAUGACAAUAAAUUACACAUUAAACACCCAAAA